AUGGCCCCGACCCUGUGGGUCUUCAGCCUGCUGGCCUCUCCCUGCUUGGUGUGGGCCAACAUCUUUGAGUACCAGGUGGACGCCCAGCCACUUCGCCCGUGUGAGCAGCAGAGGGAAAGGGCCUUCUUGCGCAGUGCAGACUACGUUCCCCAGUGCUCCGAGGAUGGCAGCUUCCGGCCCGUCCAGUGCCAGAACGACGGCCGCUCCUGCUGGUGCGUGGACGCCGCGGGCAUGGAGGUGCCGGGCAGCAGGCAGCCGGGGAGACCCGCGGCUUGCCUGUCGUUCUGCCAGCUACAGAAACAGCGGAUCCUGCUAAGCGGCUACCUUAACAGCACGGCCACAUCCUACCUCCCUCAGUGUCUGGAUUCCGGGGACUACUCGCCCGUCCAGUGCGACGUGUGGCAGGCGCAGUGCUGGUGUGUGGACGCCGAGGGCAUGGAGGUGUACGGGACGCGCCAGCGGGGGCGGCCAACGCGAUGUCCAAGGAGCUGUGAGAUAAGAAACCGUCGCCUGCUGCACGGGGUGGGAGACAGGUCACCUCCGCAGUGCUCGGCGGAUGGCGAGUUUAUGCCAGUGCAGUGCAAGUUCGUCAACACCACGGACAUGAUGGUAUUCGAUUUGGUCCACAGCUACAACAGGUUCCCAGCCGCGUUCGUGACCUUCAGCGCGUUCCGGGGCAGGUUCCCCGAGGUGUCCGGGUAUUGUUACUGCGCCGACAGCCAAGGGCGGGAGCUGGCUGAGACAGGCUUGGAGCUCCUACUGGAUGAAAUCUACGACACCAUUUUCGCUGGCCUGGACCCUGCUUCCACCUUCGCCGACACCACCCUGUACCGGAUCCUGCAGAGGCGCUUCCUGGCGGUGCAGUUCGUCGUCUCCGGCCGGUUCCGAUGCCCCACGCGCUGUGAGGUGGAGCGCUUUACGGCAGCCAGCUUCGGGCACAACUACGUCCCGCGCUGUGGCCGCGGCGGGGCCUACGAGGCGGUGCAGUGCCAGACCGGAGGGCCGUGCUGGUGUGUGGAUGCCCGCGGGCAGGAGCGCCCGGGCUCGCGGCGCCAGGGGCGGCCGCCGUCUUGCGCUGAAAACCAGGCUUGUGCCUCAGAAAGGCAGCGGGCCCUGUCCAGACUCUACUAUGGGGCUCCAGGCUACCUCGGCCAGCGCGACUUGGACUCAGCGCCAGGAGAAGGACAGGUCCCUCCAGGAGUGGCCGGCUCUGCCGCGUCCUGCCCACCCGCGAUCAAGGAGCUCUUUGUGGACUCUGGGCUUCUCCGCCCCAUGGUGGAAGGGCAGGAGCCAGCAUCUGCCGUCUCUCAAAGUCUCCUCAAAGAUGCCAUCCGAGCGGUUUUUCCCUCUGGAGAGCUGGCUCGCCUCGCCCUUCGGUUUACCACCAACCCAAAGCGACUGCAGCAGAACCUCUUUGGAGGGAAAUUUUUGGAGAACCUUGGCCAGUUUAACAUGUCUGGUGCUCUUGGCACGAGAGGCACUUUCAACUUCAGUCGGUUUUUCCAGCAACUCGGACUGCCAGGCUUCCAGAACGGAGGGGCUGUAUUGGAGUCCAGUGCGACCGCAGGACCUCCCAAAGCCUGGCCACAGGGUGUUGCUAUGAAUGAGCCCAUUGUGGGCAGCUUUGGCUCUGAAGUCAACUUGGAAGAGAACCAAAAGGCCCUGAAGUUCCUGGCUUCCCUCCUGGAGCGCCCUGAAUUCCUCCUCUUCUUGCAGCACGCUAUUUCCGUACCGGAAGACGUAGCCAGGGAUUUAGGUGAUGUGGUGGAAAUGGUACUCAGCAACCAAACCUGCAAGCAGGCGCCCGGAGGGCUUUUUGUCCCAGCGUGCACGGCAGAAGGAAGCUAUGCGGAUGUCCAGUGUUUUGCUGGAGAGUGCUGGUGUGUGGACUCGGGGGGCAAAGAACUUCCUGGCUCGAGAGUGAGAGGUGGACCACCGAGGUGCCCCACGGAGUGUGAAAAGCAAAGGGCUCGCAUGCAAAGCCUCGUGGGCAGCCAGCCUGUUGGGUCCAGCUUGCCCAUCCCUUCUUGCACCAGCGAGGGACUUUUCCUCCCUGUGCAGUGCUUCGACACGGAGUGCUACUGUGUUGAUGCCGAGGGCCAGGCUAUUCCUGGGACACAGAGUGCAAUUGGCAACCUCCGGCAGUGCCCCACCCCCUGCCAGCUGCAGGCCGAGCGAGCUUUCCUCAGGGCGGUGCAGGCCCUGCUGGCCAACUCCAGCACAUCAGCCGCUCUCUCCAGCAUCCACGUGCCGCAGUGCCGUGCCGACGGGGAGUGGAGCCGAGUGCAGUGCGAUGGGCCCCCCGAGCAGGUCUUUGAGUGGUAUGAACAGUGGCGGGCUCAGAACGCUGAAGGCCAGGAGCUGACCCUUGCUGAGCUGCUGAUGAAGACCACGAGCUACAGAGAAGCAGCUUCCGGAAACUUCCAUCUCUUUCUUCAACGUCUCUAUGAGGCUGGCCAGCAAGGCGUCUUCCCGGUGCUGGCUCAGUACCCUUCCGUGCAAGAUGUCCCCCUGGCAGUGCUGGAAGGGAAGCCGACUCAGCCCGGGGAGAACGUUCUCCUGCAGCCCUAUCUCUUCUGGCAGAUACUAGAUGGUCAGCUCAGCCGCUACCCAGGGCCCUACUCGGACUUCAGCGAGCCGCUGGCGCACUUGAACCUUCGCAGCUGCUGGUGUGUGGAUGAGGACGGUCGAGAACUGGAGGGAACACGGGCUGAGCCGAGCGAGGUCCCGGCAUGUCCUGGCUCCUGUGAGGAAGUGAAGCUUCUGGCUCUGCAGUUCAUGAAGGAAGCGGAAGAGAUUGUCUCGGCUUCCAACAGUUCUCAGUUCCCUCUGGGAGAGAGCUUCCUAGCGGCCAAGGGCAUCCGGCUGACCAACGAGGAGCUCGGCCUCCCCCUGCUCUAUCCUUCCCGCGAGGCAUUCUGGGAGAAGUCUCUGCGUGGGCGUGAUUACGCCGUCCGCUUGGCGGCUCAGUCGACCUUCGCCUUCUAUCAGAGACGCCGCUCUUCCCUGGGUGAUUUGGCUGGCGCACCCUCCCUCCUGCAGCCGGGCCCCUACGUGCCGCAGUGCGAUGCGCUUGGAAACUGGGAGCCUGUGCAGUGCCACGCUGGGACAGGGCACUGCUGGUGUGUGGACGGGAAAGGAGAGUCCCUGCCUGGCUCGCUGACUGCCCGCUCCACGCAGACCCUUCAGUGCCCUACGACCUGUGAGAGAUCUCGGGCCAAUGCGCUGCUCUCCGGUUGGAAACAGGCUGCAUCCCCCAGGAAUCCCUCUCCAAAAGACCUCUUCACGCCCACCUGCCUAGAGACAGGGGAGUACGCCAGGCUGCAGACGUCAGAGGCUGGCCCCUGGUGUGUGGACCCCGUGUCGGGAGAAGGAAUGUCACCCAACUCGAGCAGCAGGGCCCAGUGCCCUGGCCUCUGCGAGGUGCUCAAGGGUGGAGUCCUCUCCAGGAGAGUCGGCCCAGGCUACGUCCCAGCCUGCCAGGCACAGGAUGGGAGCUUUGCCCCAGUGCAGUGCGACUUAGACCAGGGCAGCUGCUGGUGUGUCCUGGGCAGUGGAGAGGAGGUGCCUGGGACCCGUGUGACCAACAGUCAGCCUGCCUGUGAGAGCCCGCAGUGCCCACUGCCAUUCAACGUGUCAGAAGUGGCUGGUGGAGUGAUCCUGUGUGGCCCAGCCUCGGGCCCUCCGGGGGCCGCCAUCCAGCAGUGCCAGCUGCUCUGCAGCCGGGGCUACCAGAACGUGUUCCCACCCGAGCCGCUGGUGUGCAGCCUGGAGAGCAGACGCUGGGUGUCGCAGCCGCCUCAGCCCUGGGCCUGCCAGCGGCCUCAGCUGUGGCAGAGCAUCCGGGCCCAGGGACACUUCCAGCUCCAGCUCCCGCCGGGCAAGAUGUGCAGUGCUGACUACGCGGGCUUGCUGCAGGCUUUUCAGGUCUUCAUACUGGACGAGCUCACGGCCCGUGGCUUCUGCCAGAUCCAGGUGCAGACUUCGGGGGCCCCCAUUUCCAUCCCUGCCUGUGACAGCUCCUCAGUGCAGGUGUGGUGUCUGACUGGGGAGCGUUUGGGAGUCAAUGUCACAUGGACAUCGCGGCUCGAGGACAUCCCCGCAGCCUUCCUUCCUGAUUUCCGUGAUGUUGAGAGGGCCCUGGUGGGCAAGGAGCUCCUCGGGCACUUCACAGAUCUGACCCAGAGUGGCGCGUUCCAGCUGCAUCUGGACUCCAAGACUUUCCAGGCAGACACCUCCGUCCGCUUCCUCCAAGGGGACCACUUGGGCACCUCUCCCAGGCCGUGGUUUGGGUGCUUGGAAGGAUUCUCCCAAGUCUCACCCACUGGCAGUGCCGGUCCGGACUCACUGGGGUGCGUUAAGUGUCCUGAAGGAAGCUAUGCCCAGGAUGAACGGUGUGUCCCUUGCCCUGUUGGAUUCUACCAGGAACGGGCAGGUAGCCUGGCCUGCGUGCCGUGUCCGGUGGGCAGAAACACCACUUCUGCUGGAGCUUUCAGCCAGACUCACUGUGUCACCGACUGUCAGAGGAGUGAGACAGGCCUGCAGUGUGACCAGGAUGGCCAGUACCGAGCCAGCCAGAGGGACAGCGGCAGUGGGAAGGCUUUCUGUGUAGACAGCGAAGGGCGGAGGUUGCCGUGGUCGGAAACAGAGGCCGCGCUGGAGGACUCCCAGUGUGUGGUGAUGCGGAAGUUUGAGAGGGCCCCCGCCUGGAAGGUGAUCUUCAGUGCUGACGCCCCUGUGGCGCUCAGGUCCGAAGUUCCUGGCUCUGAAUCCCCACUGGUGCAGUGCUUGGCAGGUUGUGCCAAGGACCAAGCCUGCAGCUUUGUCGCGGUGUCCACGAAGGGGUCGGAGGUCUCGUGUGAUUUCUACGCUUGGACGAGCGACAACUAUGUCUGCGUGACUUCUGGGCAGGAACAAGACGCAUCAGGGAACUCAAAGGCCACCAGCUUUGCAAGUCUUAGGUGCCAGGUGAAGGCGAGGAACCGCGAUUCGGAUUCUCUGACUGUGUAUUUGAAAAAGGGCCAAGAAUUCACCACAACAAGUCAGAAAAGCUUUGAACCAACGGGGUUCCAAAACCUGCUCUCUGGAUUGUACAGCCCCAUCACAUUUUCAGCCUCAGGAGCCAAUCUGACCGACGCUCACCUCUUCUGUCUGCUUGCUUGUGACCGUGAUUUGUGCUGUGAUGGCUUCAUCCUGGCGCAGGUGCAAGGAGGUCCCAUCGUCUGUGGGCUGCUGAGCUCCCCCGAUGUCCUGCUCUGCAGUGUGGAAGACUGGAGGGACGUCACUGAAGCCCAGGCCGAUGCCACCUGUCCUGGUGUGAUGGAUGACCAGGGGCGCCGCCAGGUGACGCUGCGCUUAGGAGGUCAGGAGUUCAAAAUGCCAGGUGCCCUGGAAGGAACUCAAGGCACCAUUCCCCGUUUCCAGCAGAUUUAUCUCUGGAAAGACUCUGACAUGGGGUCUCGGCCUGAGUCUGUGGGAUGUAGAAGAGACAUGGAACGAAGGCCAGCGUCUCCAACAGAAACAGAUCUGACAACAGAACUUUUCUCAUCUGUGGACAUUAACCAAGUCAUUGUCGACGGAAGCCAAGCCCUGCCCAGCCGGCAGCACUGGCUUUUCAAACAGCAGUUUGCAGCCCAGCAGGCAAACCAGUGGUGUCUCUCUCGUUGUGUCCAGGAGCCCUCUUUCUGUCGGCUCGCAGACAUAACGGAGAGCGCACCCUUGUACUACACCUGCACCCUCUACCCCGAGGCUCAGGAGUGUGAUGACACCAUGGAACCCAGCAACCAGGGCUGCAGGCUGGUUCUGCCGCACAGGCCCACGGUCUUGUACCAGAAGAAAGCUGUGCUGGCAGAUAAAGUGAAAAACUUCUACACACGCCUGCCAUUCCAGAAAGUGUCGGGGAUUUCCAUUAGAGAUAAAGUAGCCAUGUCUGAAAAAUCCAUUUCCAAUGGGUUCUUCGAAUGUGAGCGACGAUGUGACGUGGACCCGUGCUGCACCGGCUUUGGCUUUCUGAACGUUUCCCAGCUGAAAGGAGGGGAGGUGACGUGCCUAAUUCUGAACAGCCUGGGACUUCAGACAUGCACAGAGGAAAACGGAGGAGCCUGGCGUAUUUUGGACUGUGGCGCUCCCAACACCGAAGUCCGCACCUAUCCUUUUGGAUGGUACCAGAAGCCCAUUGCUCAAGGUGACGCUCCCAGUUUUUGCCCUCUGGUCACUCUGCCGUCCCUCCCGGAGAAGGUCUCUCUGGACUCGUGGCAGGCCCUGGCACCGGCUUCAGUAGUUGUGGAUCCAUCUGUCAGGAAGUUUGAUGUCGCCCAUAUCAGCAUUGCUGCCAUCAGCAACUUGUCUGCUGCCCGAGAUCUAUGCUUGUUGGAAUGUUCCCGACACCAGGCCUGCCUCAUCACCACCCUGCAGACCCGACCCGGAGCUGUGAGGUGCAUGUUCUAUGCUGAUACCCAGAGCUGCACACAUAGCCUGCAGGGCCCAAACUGCCAACUUCUGCUCCGUGAAGAGGCCACCCAUAUCUACCGGAAGUCAGGCCCCCCGCUGCUCCGCUCUGAGACGUCUGCACCCUCUGUGUCCAUUGCCACCCACGGCCAGCUGCUAGGCAGGUCCGUGGUCAUCCAGCUGGGCACGUCCUGGAAGCACGUGGAUCAGUUCCUUGGAGUUCCGUAUGCGGCCCCACCCCUGGCAGAGAGCCGCUUCUGGGCACCGGAGCCCUCGAACUGGACAGGCUCCUGGGAUGCCACCAAGCCGAGGGCCAGCUGCUGGCAGCCAGGCACCCGAACACCUGCACCUGCCAGUGUCAGUGAAGACUGCUUGUACCUCAAUGUCUUUGUCCCUGACAACGUGGUCCCCAAUGCUUCCGUGCUCGUGUUCUUCCACAACACCAUGGAAGGGGAUCGGGAAGGGCGGCUGGAGAUCGACGGCUCCUUCCUGGCCGCUCUUGGCGACAUCAUCGUGGUCACUGCGGGCUACCGCGUGGGCGUCUUCGGCUUCCUGAGUUCCGGAUCUGGCGAACUGACUGGCAACUGGGGGCUGCUGGACCAGGUGGCAGCUCUGAGCUGGGUGCAGACUUACAUCGGAGCCUUUGGUGGGGACCCUCGGCGCGUAUCCCUGGCAGCAGACCGAGGUGGAGCUGAUGUGGCCAGCAUCCACCUUCUCACAACCGGUACCAAGGACUCCAGACUCUUCCGGAGAGCUGUGCUGAUGGGAGGCUCCGCCCUCUCCCCGGCCGCCGUCAUCAGCCCCGAGAAGGCUCAGCUGCAGACCACAGCCUUGGCAAAGGAGGUUGGCUGUCCCAGCUCAUCCAGCCAAGAGGUGGUGUCCUGCCUCCGCCAGAAGCCUGCCAGCGUCCUCAAUGACGCCCAGACCAAGCUCCUGGCCGUGAGCGGGCCUUUCCACUACUGGGGUCCCGUGGUGGACGGCCAGUACCUGCGCGAGGCUCCAGCCAGAGCGCUGCAGAGGCCUGCACGGGCCAAGGUGGAUCUGCUGGUCGGGAGCUCUCAGGACGACGGGCUGAUCAACAGAGCCAAAGCUGUGAAGCAAUUUGAGGAAAAUCAAGGCCGGAGCAGCAGCAAAACAGCCUUCUACCAGGCACUGCAGAACUCGCUGGGCGGUGAGGACGCCGACGCCGGCGUGCUGGCUGCUGCCACGUGGUAUUACUCCCUGGAGCACUCCGCCGACGACUACGCCUCCUUCUCCCGGGCGCUGGAGAACGCCACCCGGGACUACUUCAUCAUCUGCCCCCUGAUCGACCUGGCCCGCCUGUGGGCACAGAGUGCCCGAGGAAGCGUCUUCAUGUACCACGCACCUGAGAGCUACGGCCACGGCAGCCUGGACCUGCUGACAGACGUGCAGUAUGCCUUCGGGCUCCCUUUCUACCCUGCCUACCAGGGGCAGUUUGCUCCGCAGGAGAGGGCCCUGGCUCUGAAAACCAUGCAGUACUUCUCCAACUUCGUCCGGUCCGGGAAUCCCAACUACCCGCACGAGUUCUCCAGGAAGGCCCCUGAAUUUGCCGCCCCGUGGCCCGACUUCGUCCCUGGUGCUGGCGGAGAGACCUACAAGGAGCUCAGCGCCUCGCUCCCCAAUCGCCAGGCCCUAAAGCGAGCCGACUGCUCCUUCUGGUCCAAGUACAUCCGGUCUCUGAAGGCGUCCGCAGCCGGAGCCCAGGACGGGCAGUCGGCAAAGACCAGCGAGGAGGAGCUGGCGGCCGGAGCUGGGCUGAGGGAGGAACUCCUGGAGGAGCCAGGCUCCAAGAGCUACAGCAAGUGA